UUGGAUCAUACUUCAGAGCCAAUCGGCGUGCAGGGGCUGACUGUAAUGUUGCUCAAUGUUUAGACGGAAGAAGUAGGCUUUUGUGAUACUAAAGUGUUUUAUACUUUUGAUUAAUUACCUCCCAGUCGCUGUUUAUAUGUGACUUGCCAGAUGCAGCCAUGUCUUUUAUUUUAAAAGUGUUAAAACUCGUGGUGGUGCUCGGAGUGCUAGCAUUGCUUGUCCUGUACACACAGUAUUGGUUGGGGAACAAACAGUAUGUGUUCAACAAGGACGAUGUUGCAAAGCUGGCCAAGCAGUAUGCAGGCCUGGAUCAUGAGCUGGCUUUCUCCAAAGUUGUGGUGGAGUUGAGGAAGAAGUAUCCUGGUCACAUACUUCCAGAUGAGGACCUGCAAUGGGUAUUUGUAAAUGCUGGUGGUUGGAUGGGCUCCGUGUGUCUGCUCCAUGCUUCCCUCACAGAAUACGUCUUACUUUUUGGAACUGCAGUGGACACUGGCGGUCAUUCAGGUCGCUACUGGGCUGAAAUCUCUGAUACCAUUAUCUCUGGUACUUUCAGACAGUGGAAAGAGGGGACGACAAAAAGUGAAGUUUAUUAUCCAGGUGAUACUAUUGUGCAUGCAAUAGGUGAAGCUACAUCAGUCCAGUGGAGUGCUGGUACCUGGAUGGUGGAAUAUGGCAGAGGAUUCAUUCCUUCCACAUUAGGAUUUGCACUAGCUGAUACAAUCUUUAGCACUCAGGACUUCAUCACUUUGUUUUACACGGUUCGAGUUUAUGUAAGAGGAAUGCUGCUAGAAGCGAAUACGUUGCUAACUGAGACUGGGGUCUUUUAAUCUGAACUCUGCUGUAAAACUAAGUAUCUAGCAGGCAGUGGUUUGCAAUGUUUAUGAUAAUUUUUGGUAUUCUUGGGAACUGCGUGUUUUGUAGACAAAUCUGGGAAGUCUGAUUGAUUGUUUUCAAGGGAAGUAUGAUGAACACCCUACUCUGCCAGACGAUGCAUUUAAAUACAAAUUCAGAAUCUUUACAACUUAAUUUUUUUAAAUCUGAAGUUUUAGUUAAUUUAGUCAAUUACAAAUGUUUAGUGUGGAGUACCUGGUAUAUCCAAAACAUAAAACUGAAUCUAAAUACGGUAAAACCAUGUAAAGCAGGCCUAGUGAGCACAUAUUUUGUCACUUCACACACACUGGCUUGAACUCAGUUCAGUUAUAAAUUGUGUGUAUGGAAAUAUUUACUAUGUAUUUUCAUAUAACAUGUAUACUUUGGAUAUGCAACAUAAUUUAUUUUCUGGCGCCUGUGCAUUUCUGAGUUGCUUUAAUAACUUAACUUGUAACAUUUUUACUAAUUCUAAUCAAUUGUAGUGUUGUCUCUAUUAGUAUAUGUAAAAGUAUUACUUCCCAGUAACAAUUUGUAAGAUAAUUGAAUAAUGCAUCAGACUUGUUCUACAUAAAUCAAAAUUGUAAUGUUUUAAAAUGACACUAAUAACAUAUUUUCAUUACUUACA